AUGUUCAGAAUCAAAAUUCUGAGAAGCUCACUCCCACAAAAAAAAUUUCGUAAAUCGUCGUCUUUCUUAUCGACAUGGUACUCUCCAGAAUCUAUAUCUCACCAACAAGCAGACGACGAUGAUCCAGUUCUCGUCAAACUCUCACUCGCCAUCAGAGAUUCCAACAAGGAUUCGCCAUCGGAGUUCUCUUCUUUCACUUCCUGCCCAUCAAUCAGAAAAGUCCUCCCGUCGCUCACCGUUCGUCAUGUUGUUGAUCUCAUCAACCGUAACCCUCUCUCCCUUCCACACCGUUCCAUCUUCGCUUUCUUCAAAUUCAUCUCAUCUCAGCCUGGAUUUCGUUUUACCGUCGAGUCCUACUUCGCCAUGGCUCGUUUUCUCUCUGUCCACGAAAUGUUCGCGGAAGCACAGUCACUUAUCUCCCUCGUCGUCUCUCGUAAAGGGAAAAACUCAGCUUCUUCCGUUUUCGUUGCUCUGGUAGAAAUGAGAGGAGCCUCUCCGUGUGAUUUCCUCGUUGAUGCUUUAAUGAUCACGUACAUGGAUCAUGGAUUCGUACCCGAUGCGAUCCAAUGUUUCAGGCUAUCUCGGAAGCACAAAUUCGCUGUUCCGGUUCGUGGCUGUGGCAAUUUGCUUGAUCGGAUGAUGAAGCUGAAUCCAACCGAGACUGUUUGGGGAUUCUACAUGGAGAUUUUGGAUGCUGGGUUUCCCUCAAAUGUCUACGUUUUCAACAUUUUGAUGAACAAGUUUUGCAAAGGAGGCAAAAUUUGCGAUGCACAGAAAGUGUUCGACGAAAUUACCAAAAGGGGUUUGAGGCAUACGGUGGUCAGUUUCAACACUUUGAUAAAUGGGUAUUGUAAAGCUGGAAACUUGGACGAAGGGUUUAGGCUAAAACAUCAUAUGGAGAAAAGCAGAACACUACGCCCAGAUGUUUUCACAUACAGUGCCUUGAUUAACGCAUUGUGUAAGGAGAACAAAAUGGACGGAGCACAUGGGUUAUUUGAUGAGAUGUGUGAGAGCGGGUUGAUCCCAAAUGACGUUAUUUUCACUACUUUGAUUCAUGGUCAUAGCAGGAAUGGAGAGAUUGAGUUGAUGAAAGAAAGUUACCAGAAGAUGUUGAGCAAGGGUCUUGAGCCUGACAUUGUUCUUUAUAAUACGUUGUUAAAUGGCUUUUGCAAGAACGGUGAUCUGGUUUCUGCAAUGAAUAUUGUUGAUGGAAUGAUCCACAGAGGUCUUAGGCCUGACAAAGUCACAUACACAACUCUCAUAGAUGGGUUUUGUAGAGAAGGAGAUGUAGAAAAAGCUUUGGAGAUACGGAAGAAAAUGGAUCAGAACGGAGUAGAACUCGAUAGAGUUGGUUUCUCAGCUCUUAUCUGUGGGAUGUGCAAAGAAGGAAGCGUCCUUGAUGUCGAAAGAGCUUUGAGAGAGAUGCUGCGAGCUGGUCUGAAGCCGGAUGAUGUGACCUAUACAAUGAUGAUGGACGCGUUCUGUAAGAAAGGUGAUGUUCAGACCGGUUUCAAACUGCUCAAGGAAAUGCAGAGCGAUGGGCAUAUUCCUAGCGUUGUGACGUAUAAUGUUCUGCUGAACGGACUGUGCAAGUUGGGACAGAUGAAGAAUGCUGACACGUUGCUCGAUGCCAUGUUUAAUGUAGGGGUUGUUCCGGACGACAUCACAUUCAACAUCCUAUUGGACGGUCACUAUAGACAUGUAAAUGCUUCGAAGCAUUGUAAACAGAAACCAGAGAUAGGGAUUGUAGGACAUGAAGUCAUGAAUCUUUGUCCGUCUGUCCGACCAGACCGUAAUAGUUCCACACCUACUUCUGACGGAGAGAAGAGAGGUUUUCGGAACCUUGAGAUCGGCGUCAGAUCCCCCGCCGCUUCUUCUCUUCAGUAUCUCCGAGUGGAGAUGAUGGAAUCCGGCGCUGGAUUUGCGGCGAUGGAAGAAAGGAUCUCUCCCGGAAGUUUCUUCCAGUUUCCUCUUUCUGGAUUCCGUGCUUCUCCCAGUCGAUCCCCUUGUCCUCCCACUGAUCGUGAUAGGUACUUGGCUGAAUUAUUGCAAGAGAGACAAAAGUUGGGUCCCUUUUUGCAAGUUAUGCCACAUUGCUGCAGACUGCUAAACCAAGAAAUCAGGAGGGUCUCGAGUUUUUCUGAUUUUGAGAGAUAUGAGAAUGGAAGUCCGUUUAGAUCGAUGCCAAAUGGAAAGCUUGAUAUAGAUGGAUGGUCAAUGAUGCAAGCAGAGGAAAAUUGUCAUCUCCAGAGAGCUUCUCCAUUUCGUUCUCCUGCUCCAGUGGGCUGGAUUGGGAUGCCUGGACUACCUUCCCCACCGAUUGUGAAAAAAGUGAUUAGACUUGAUGUGCCAGUGGAUAAAUUCCCAAGCUAUAACUUUGUUGGGCGGAUUCUCGGUCCACGUGGUAACUCCUUGAAAAGAGUUGAGCUUGCAACACACUGUAGGGUGUUUAUUAGAGGGCGAGGAUCUGUCAAGGACACUAUCAAGGAGGAAAAACUAAAAGGCAAGCCAGGGUAUGAGCAUCUCAGCGAGCCACUACAUGUACUGAUUGAAGCUGAGCUUCCAGAGGACAUAAUCAACUCUCGAUUGGAGAAUGCAGUGCAUUUCCUGGAAUCGCUCCUAAAGCCAAUGGACGAAUCAAUGGACCAUUACAAGAGGGAACAGCUGAAGGAGUUAGCGGCUCUGAAUGGUACACUGAGGGAAGAGUGUCCGAGUCCAAGCUUGAGCCCUUGUCUGAGUCCGAGCAUUUCUCCUUUCAACAGCAAGCGUGCUAAGACUGGACAAUAA